UUUACCAUUUUUCGGCUUUUUCUACGCGAUUCAGAUAAACUCAAAUCAGCUCGAAAGGGUGACCGCAAGAGCGCUUUAUUUCAUCUGUGUUUCGGCUCAUCUGCAUCAGUUGUAGUGUGUUGAUUUCAAUACAGGAGCGACGGAGUGGUGUUGCUGGCGUGCGUGUUCAUCAUACGGGGAGGAUCGCGGCGAUUGAACGCAGAGCAAAAUAAUAAAGCAAGGACAGGUGUGUCGUUGCCUUUCACACACCCAGUAUAGGCAUUUGAUGGCAUAUACGACGUAGAGGCUAUGCGGGACGAGCCGCCGCUGCAGCUGCAGAGUGGCUGCUUGGUCAGCAGCGAGGAUGUGUCGAUGGACAUGGGCUAACCUACUGUGCCCCAGCUUCCGGAAUCACUCUAUUGAUUUUAUGGCUUGGUGAUCAAGUGAUGUUGCAGCAAGGCUGCUGAUACAGUAGUGGACGUUGGGACUUUCUGUGGGGCUGUUAGCCUUGUGGUGGUGAUGGAGCUAUACAGCAUGAACUCACCAUCACCGUCCUCAGAAUAUGUUAUCUUUGCAAUCAAACAGCUUCAAACAGUGCAUUUCUUGCACUCAAUGUACCAGAAACCCAUACAUCAUUUACACUGGGUUGGAAUUAUCUUAAAGCCCACACAAUAAUGUUUAACAAAUAAUUGCCUUAUGAAAUAGAUUUCAUUACAGAUGUGAUAACCAGCGGGGAAUGUUUCCAGAUGUAACACUGGUGGGGAGGUGUUAUGUUCUCCCACAUCCCAUCUAAAGCCUAACCAGGGGAUGCAUUAUAAAGAAGGAUUACUGUGUCUCACCUCCCCCAUCACCUCCUGAUAACAUCAUUUUUUUGCAUAUACUCUGAACAAGGCAGAGCAUGCCACCCAUGUCCUGAACUAUGUGAAAUCAACACAAGGCUUUGCUUUUUGUUGGCUAUUACAUUACACAACACAGUGGAGGCAGCAGGAUUGUUUUGAGAAAUGAAAUGGUGGCGGAGUUGUACUCUCCAUGAAAUGUAUUCCCGAAUGCCCCAUUGAGGGAGUUUUCUUUUUCUAUUUUCAGAUGACACAAAACAGGAAGAAAGACAUCCACCUGUUCCGCCUCGAAUUUGUAAAAUAAAAACUGCCCUCACUGUUAAUGCAAAUAUUUCAGAAAUACCGCCUCAUAUUAGCCCACCCAAGAAUUUAACCCCUAACCUGUCGGAGUAAUGAGGGCCAUUCUCCAUGUAAGCAAUGGAGUUGGCCUUUAUCAAGGCAGGCUUUGUCCCAGGAGGCACAGAGCUCUCACGGCCAGAGCAGCAGAGGUUGAGCGGUGUGGCAGCUCAGAGUCCUGGCCCAUGACAUGAAACACCCCCCCCCUCUGCAGCCUCCACCCAACUUCUCUCCCAGGAGGGGAUCACUGGAGGGAAAAUGAAAGCAUGUUGAGCGACAGGCAAUGGUGCACUCCAAGAAUGAGAGGCAUGUCCUGAAGUCUACUUUAGUUUAUCUCUCAACAACAAACCUCUCUGUACACAAAAGCGCACCUUCUUCUUUGCAGACCUGCAGGGUGUGGCAACACUAUUUAGCCAUUUAAUUACAACAAACAAACACAGUAUGAAAUGUUAAUUAAUGAGCUUUAGCAGUGCUGGCAGGUGGAUUUUGUUACCUUUGGACAGAACCGAGCUAGCCAUUUCCACCUGCUUUCAGCCUUCGUGCUAAGCUAAGUUAGCCAUGCAGGGAAUCUUAGCAUUGAAGAAACUGAAAUCAGCAAAUGCUGGACAAUUUUGACAAAUGAUUAACUUUAAAUGAUUCACUGAUAGUUGUAAUUGUUGAGACAUUUUUUGUCUCUUGUCUAAUUCAUAAAAACACGAGGCAAUGUCUAAAUGUUAUCACAGGUUAUGGCCUCAGUGAAGACAUGGAAGUGAUUUUUCCCUUUCAGAUCGAUUCAUUUUGAGAUUUGUUAGAGGCUGAAAGGGUUAAAAAAAAUACAGCAACUCACAAGAUUAAUCAACUUUUUCAGCCUUUCAAUGUCUGCGAGCACCAAGAUAAACUCAUUUAAGGCUGUUUUUGCCAUGACGACUGUUAUUGCUUUGCUCUCCCAUCUGCUAGUGUACUAUUAUUUUCACUGAAAGUCCCGGCAGACAUCUCACACAGGCUCUGUUCAGGCGAGAGAGUACAUUUGUGUGUGUGUGUGUGUGUGUGUGUCAGUAAAAGGGGGUUAAUGAGAUCCUUUAUGAGUGUACGCAUGUGUGCGUAACCUCGCAUGCAUAUGUGCAUGUAUCAGAUCAGAUUAGGAGGAUUUCUCCCUCGCUCCCUCUGCAUAGAGAGACUCCCAUUUGAUGCAUGCUGACGAGGUGGGUGUAUCCAGCCCAGCCGCUCUGAUGUUAGGAAGCAGUAACUCUUCCAUCCUACUCAGUCUGCUCUCUACUCUCCCUGUUUCAGCCGGUCGGUCUGCCCUCUAGCGUAGGACUCACCACCUUUUCACUCACCACUCUUCAUCACCAUCCAGGAUACAUUCACACAAACCUACGCAGGUAGACAGAACACUGUCCCAGUGGACUGAAGAGUUUGGCUGAUAGACACAGAUGUAUGUAAAUUACCUUGGAAAGUGCUAGAAAGUAGGGAUCUGUGGUGGUGCUGUUAAAGCUGUAGUCCCCCACCCCCCACUACGUUUUUUUGUCCCAAAGGAUACCACACACAGCCGCAGAGGCUGCAAGCUCCAACUGAAGCAAACACAAGUCGAUGACUGAGAACUCCGCCUCCCAUGAUGGACAAGAAAAGUGCCAACGGCUUUCAGACCAAGGCCAGUGAGGGCGGUGUUCAGCGGAAGCAGCUGCCCUACUCAGUGGAAACUCCCUAUGGCUUCCACCUGGACCUGGACUUCCUCAAGUAUGUUGACGACAUUGAAAAAGGCAAUACCAUCAAAAGGGUCCACAUUCAGCGCAGGGUGAAGGUCCCAGCCAAAUUCAGCACACUGCCCAGAAAUUUCAGCCUUCCUGGGCAUGGGGCUAGGCCUCCCCCUAAGGAAAAGGACAGCACAUGGUCUGGGACGUCCACCCUGGGGCCCAAGCCUAAAUCGCGGGUGACAGAGGUCCAACAGAUAUUCGACUUCAGGGCAAGCGAAGGAGGAACUUCCAGCCAAAUCAGCAGAGGGACAACCAGUCAAAGAGCUGGCUAUGUUUCAGCAAAGCCCAGAGAGGAAGUAGGAGCUGGGGCUAAGGAUGUUGAAGAGAAAACUGAGGGUAUUCAAAGUCGUCCGAACCUGCUCCGAGCAUCAAGCAUGCCCAUCACCCUACAGCAAAGGAAAGGUUCCGAUUCAAGCAGUCCAGACCGUAUUGUGGGAACACCGGAGAGCGGCUCGACGGAGAACAUUUUUCGUGCUUCACCGGACAUAACAGAGAGACGGUGUGUUCCUCAGGAUCGGACGGGGCUUCACCAGCAGAUCACAGUGGCACUGAAGCGGGUCAGAGAGCUGGAAGAGCAGGUCAAAACCAUCCCAGAACUCAAGGCUCAGAUCUGCUCACUGAGGGAGGAGAGGGAGAAGCUACUGCUUCAGCUCCAAGCCCAGCUCCAAGCCCAGGCCAAAGCCCAGGCCAAAGCCCAGGCCCAAGCACAUGUUUCCUCAUUACCCUCUACAAUAGCACCCAAUUCUGAUUCUGGGACACGCACUCAGCCACAAGGACACAGACCUUCAGAAGGGCUCAACUUAGCUCUGAUGACUCAACCCACUGGAGGUUUAAAAGCUUCAGAGCUUGUGCCGACAAAGCUGGUAACAGGGAAAGGGAAACAAGGUGUUACAGAGAAAAGUAAAGUGUUACAAAAAGAGAGGGAGAUAAAUCAAGAAUCUUUGAAGAGUUCCUCGGCACAUGGAGAAACGAGUGGGUUGUCCGAUCAAGAAUCGGUGAGAGAAACACAACUGUCAGAAAAAUCAGACAUACAAAACGAGAAAUUAGAGAGUGCACUGGAGCAUGCAGUGCGAAAGCUAUCAAGGGACAUUGCAGGACAGGAAUUAACAUCACUUAGGGGGGCUAUAAAAGACGCAGAGACUAGCAGUAUUCAAGAUGGUGAUGCAGCAAAAGAAGGCAAACUUGAGGACCCAGAUAGUACGCAGAAUCUGCAGGAAAAACUAAUGAUACUGGAGGCUAAACUUACUAAGGCUAGCCAAGAUCUGGAGAGAACAAAUACUCUUUUGAAAGAACAAAUGGAUGAGAACAAGGUAAAAGAGGAGAAAAUACUACAACUGAGUGAUGGAGUGAGAGUGGAGGUGUGUACUCCAGAAGAACAAAACAGGCCAAGAAGAGAGAGUAUUGACACAGGGACCGAGACAGAGAAAGUAGAUAUUGCCAACCAAGAGACAGAGACAGAGCCACCUGGUACAGUAGAUAAGGGAACAGAUACAGAUAGAAUCUCUAUUGAAGUGUUUGUACCCACACCAGGGGCUGGAAGUAUCGAUCAAGGAACAGAAACUAAUAAAGUUGACACAAAUGAACAGUUGAUAGAGACGGAGGAAGAAUCAGCUGCUGCGAGCCCACCGAGACCCAGAGCCAACAGCAUGGAACGGGGCACAGUAACUGAGAGGAUCGCCACUCAGGAUCAGAUGACCGAGACGCCCGUAGCAGAAAGGGUAAACCAAGUCACAGAAACAGAGGGGGAGACAGUAACAGACCAUCCACAGAGACCAAGGGCCAGCAGUGUAGACCGGGAGACAGAGACAGACUAUCCACAGAGACCAAGGGCCAGCAGUGUAGACCGGGAGACAGAGACAGACUAUCCACAGAGACCAAGGGCCAGCAGUGUAGACCGGGAGACAGAGACAGAGAGAGUGAACACUGUGGACAGGCUGACAGAGACAGUGGGAGCACAGAGGACAGACCAGCAGACUGAGACAGAGGUAGAAAGACAACAGGAUAACAACCCAGCCAGACAUGCAGAUGCAGAGAGUGAAGUGAGUGAACAUCCAGGCAGUGACAGAUUAGAAGAGGGAGGUAGUGUGGUCAGUGAAAGAGUGGAUGAUAACGAAGCAAAUGAAAGAAUUCAAAGAGAUAGUGGAGAAAGUGAAAGUGUGGCCUUGAAAGAGAGUUCAAUUACAGUUCUAGAACGCAGAGUUGAAGAAACUGUGGUUUCAGAUAUUGUAAGUCAGGAUCAAGGGUGUACCAGUGCACUUGUUGCAGCGGGAGAAAAUAAAGAAUCUAAGAUUGAAACAGUUACUUCACAGAAUGACUCAGGAGCAAAAGAAAGUGAAGGAAGAGAAAUUGUUGAAACACAUCAGAUUGCAAAGGAGCCUUUAGAGAAGAAACAAACAGAAGGUGUGAUUGUGUGUGCAACAAUCAAAGAGACUGUGGUCACUGACACGGUUGUAGUAGUAGCAGCAGAGAAUGCAGCUGUGAAGACAGUAGCUCCUGUACGACCCCAGAGAGGCCGAAAGCUCUCAGCAGAGCAGGCACAGCCAAUACCUGCUCAAGAUCAGGCUGCUCUUGUGCGUCCUCGGAGGGGAUCCAGUGAAACUCAAGCCCAGCGGUCCCAGCCCCAGACAAAAACACAGCCCCAGGUGCAGGUACAAGUUCCACUUCAACUUGAGGCCCAAACCCCGACUCAGCUCUCUGAACCACAGGUAAAAGAUCAAGCCCCAUGUCCGUCUCAGGUUGAGGAUAGCACUCUAGCAGAGAAGCCUCCUGGGAAGUCUAGUGGGAAACAAUCAAAAUCACAAUUUCAGACUGAGACUCGAGGUGCGCCUCCAGGCUCCAGUGUUCAAACCCGUUCCAAAUUAAUUAAAGCACAGUCUCAAACCACUGCAAGUCGACGGGAUUCCAAAGAAUUUAAAGCAUCACAACCUCCUAGUCGAGGAUCAGGAGAAGCCCAGACCCGCCCGACUCGCCAGGGGUCAUAUGAGGCUCAACCUCCGUCUCAGGGCUCUCGUAGAAGUUCCAGUGAGACUCAACCUCCUCAAAAAGAUACCAGCGAGACACAGCCACUGCGCAGAGGCUCCAGCGAAUCAGCUCAGCGUCGUGGUUCAAGUGAAGCCCAGGCCUCACGUCGGGAAGCUGGCGAGGCCGAGCCUCCUCGCAGAGGCUCCGGUGAGUCGCCAACAUCGCCUGCGGCUUUGGGCCAAGUCGUAACCCGGUUAACAGGGCUUCUGGGCGAGCAGUGGGCACAGCUGGGGAGCAGCUCUGGAACGCAACAGACGGCCAGCCAGCAGGAAAGCCCCACCACACAGAAACCGACGACAGGCAAAAGAGCAGAGGCGGCGAAAGGAGCAUCAGCCAAGCCUGCAGGGAAGGCAGUCCCUGCAGCAACGACAGGGAAACCAGCAGGGAAGCCUGGUCCCUCCAAAAUGAGCUCAAUUCAAAGUCAACUGGUCAGCUCCCUCAGUGUCCUCUCUGCCUUCUACUCACCAAGCCAGAAAGCUGCUGCUGCCAGCAAGCAGCAAGAACACGGUCUCAAAUCAAUUAUGAAGAAAAAUGGUGUUGCUGACAAGCAAGGAAACAAGGGAGCCAAGAAAAACCUGAAGUUUGUUGGGGUGAAUGGAGGCUAUGAGUCGACAUCCAGCGAAGAGUCCAGUGGAGAUGAGAAGUCGAAGGUGGAGAAGGAAGAGGAAGAAGACAGCUCAGAACCAGAGGUGGAGAAGGAAAAGGAGACAGAGCCUCAGCCAGCAGACAAGCCUGAGGAGGGAGCAGAGACGCAGCAGAAGGAUGCAGAGGUCUCCACUGAGGGAGGAGGUGCUGUGGCUGCAGAGGAGGAGGGUGAAAGAGGCCUUUUGGAUAUAGAAGGCAGCCAGGAGCUCCUGGAAGAACAGGCUGAAGGAGAGAAAAUUGACCAGGGGUUUAUAGACGCCUGCAUCUAUGUAAAAGACCGAAUGGAAGAGGUGUCGUCACCAGAUAAAGAAAUGCGUCAGGUUUUAGUGGUGCUCUACCAGGAGUGGUUCAAGAUCUCCAGUCAGAAAGAAUCGCAGGCCGAUACCGUCACAUUAUACCUGAGACGAGUGGGCUUGACCACGCCCACUCUCCUGCCGUACGUCAUUAACUUGACCGACGGCAAUGGGAACAUGGCCCUCCACUACAGUGUGUCGCAUUCAAACUUCCCUGUGGUCAAACUGCUGCUGGAUACUGGUCUGUGUGAGACGGACAAUGUGAACAAGGCAGGCUAUACUCCAGUGAUGCUCGCUGCACUGACGGCUGCUGAGAGCUCUGAUGACCUGGAGGUUGCGCAACAACUGUUGAGACUGGGUGACGUCAAUGCAUGCUCCAGACAGGCGGGCCAGACGGCACUCAUGCUUGCGGUGAGCCACGGCCGCGUUGCCAUGGUAAAGCUGCUCCUGAGCUGCGGUACGGAUGUAAAUGCCCAGGACCGCGAGGGCUCCUCGGCCCUGAUGUGUGCCAGCGAACACGGACAUAUAAACAUCGUUCAUAUGCUGCUGGAGACAGGUCGCUGCGACACCAGCCUCAUGGACAAGGAUGGACAGACAGCGCUGUCGGUGGCAGAGGGAGCCUCCCACCAAGAGAUAAUUGACCUCCUGAAGGCCCACGCUGAGACCCGAGCCUCUGAGCCCUCGUUUACCACGGACCUCCUCUGAACCAGGCCGACACCUAAUAUCUCCAAACCACUCCAGCUCGCCAACCGCCAACCUUUUAAUUUCCAAGACUCUCUGCCCACCAACAAAGAGGGAAAAGGAAUGAAAUGAAUUGAAUUAAAGACACGAUGACACCAUACAAGACGUUGUAUGCCCGGAAGAAAAAAAGUGGAUAAACUCUGUUUACCAUGGAACUGCAUUAAACCUCUGAGACCAGAGUGUACGCACACAUUUUUCUUCUUCCACAUCUCUGCCAACAUGCCCCGUGGGUGUUUAUGGAUAUGCUGCAUUCAGCCACUCAGUGGACAGACGACAAACGGGGCCCGGUCGAUUUGAUGAUUAAAGCGUGGCCAUGGUGACGAAUUGACAGGCUAUUACGUCGGGGGGGGGGGAAUAUAAAAAGGGCAGCAGGGACAGACGGACUGGCAAGUGGAUGAAGAGAUGCUCUGACAAGCUGCUGCUUCUUAUCAUCAACUAUAGCUCUUCUAGCUAAAUACUAAGCACAUGAUCUACCUUUUAAAUAUACGAUAUUAAAUACGACAUCAUUUCUAUUUUUUCCUUCAUGACAUUGGCAUUAUUCUUUUCAUAUUUGGACAUAGCCAUUGUUGAGAACACAGUAUGUGUAGAAUGUUAUUCUAACGCAUUAUAAUCAUACACAAACACAGAAACUGUAUUUUCUACUGCACCUUUUUUUUAUUGUGUUUGUGUACAGUAAACAGUCCUCUCUAAGAAACUAUAUAUCUCCAAAAGUGUGAAUUAUAAAAAAAAUAAUGUUAUAUAAUUAUAGAAUAGAACUUCGUGUGAAAUUUCCCAUCAUUCAGUGGAUAUUUGACAAUAUUUAUUGUAUUGUUUUUGCCAUAGUAAUGAUGUUUUUCACAUCGAGUCAUGGGUGAAUUAUUGAAAGACUAAAUGGUUUAGUUGUAGAUAAAAUGUUUUCAGUUGGACACAAAAUAAAUUCAUUUUAUAACCACAACAUAACCAGAUUAAAGAAAGACAAACGUUUUCUAAUAAGAAGAUUGUACAGUUCAGAAGGUGCUGCAUGCCAAUACACACUUACUCCCCCUACUGGCUGGCUUAUAAUACUAAACAAACAGCAGUAUGUUGUAAUACUGUCUGUUCUCAUGAUAAACAUAUCUCUCUCUCUCUCUCUCUCUCUCUCUCUCUCUCUCUCUCUCUCUUCGUCCCUCAGUUCAAAUAUAGCAUAUGUCUUGUUUGCCUGCUCGUUUCAAAUCAAAUCCUGUAUGCAACUGCUACAAAAUGCACCAUGAAUGUCAGGCUGGCAAUGAUACAUUCCAAGAAAACAAUGUAGCAAGUCUAACUGUACUGGCAUGGAUUAUGGGACUAACGGAGACAAAGGAAUGAGUCUGAAUAUUUUUACUAAAGACACUUAAUCUUGAUAACAAAGAUCUGAUCUUCAAGUUACCAACACUGGUUCACUUUGUUCCUGCUUUAAGGAAUUCACAUUUCAAAAUGAUGUGUUAAAACCAAAAGUGAUGAGUUUUUUAUGGCUGCAGUCUGAAAAGAAGCAAUAUGAAUAAAAUACUAACUUUUAAAUCAGAAACUAUAGGGGGAGGGGCUUUGGUCCAGCCUUAAUCAGAUGACCGUAUUACGUUAGAGAUAAGAUGUGUUCCAGGGAGCGUGGACGUCUUCUUCUGUUUUCCACAAACGCACACCCAUAUUCCUAAAGAAUCUUGAAACAGGAGUACUGUUCUGAUUCAAUGUUUACAACGUAACAGCUCCCCUUCAGUGACCCCUGCAGAAAACCCCAAAAUGUCUAACAGGUCAGGAAGUUUACAGAAAACAAAAGGGAUCAAUCAUUUCACCUGCAAACGGUAGGUGCUGUCCUCGGCCAAAGAACUUCUUAGUCGACUAACACUCAUACGGUGUUGAUUUAAUUGACAGAUCUGUAAAACUCCACAAAGCACGACUUCAAAUCUUUAGUUUACCAGAGAUGUGAUCAUAAGAUUCUUGUGAACAAGUCAUUCAGCAGGAAAAAAAGCAUAAAAAACAACUAAAGGAAUCUUAGUCGCCUAAGACCAAAAAGACCAAUUAGUUGACUAAUCGGGUGCAGCCCUAGGGAACAGCCUCCGCUUUGAACCACAGCUUUUCUGUUAUAAACGUUUACCGCUACACAAUAACUCUAAUGCCAUUGUCUGGUCACCCUGUCUUCACGAAGCUCCCCCAGAGAAGACAUCAACCAACUGUUCUCUGUUCGACUGGGGUUUGCUGGGGUUACUGAAGGUGGAAUUUAAAAAGGUGAAUACCACUCAUUUUAACAACUGCCAUAUGUGAUCUAUUAAGGUCCAGUCUGCAUUCACAGUCAGAAAAUAAAAUCGCUCUCUACAGAGGAGGAGAGAUUUUGGUGCAGACAUUGCCAUGCCUACAGUAAUGUAGUGCUGCAAUUAACAACUUUCUUUCUGGGCUGCAGUGUGAACUGACCACUGAGGCUGCACCAGUGCUCCCUCAUUCCCAGACACUUUAUUUUUAUGGAUGCUAACAUGAGACUACAUAGAUUCACAUGAAGCUAGACGAGCUAUAUAAAGUAUCUUGAUUAUGUAGUUGUAUACACAAUGGCUGCAUUUACUCAGCAACAAUGGGAUUUUGUUUCAACAGUGGCUUAGUAAUCAGAUCCUCUUUUGUUGAGUCACAAAGUAGCACAGAUUUCCUCAACAAUGAGGCUGCAUUUACACAAGGUUCAGGAGAAGAAUUUAUUUUAACUCAGUGCAGCACAUGUGAUCAUUUGCAGUUGUCUGUAUAUUGAGGGAUGUGAGUUAGAGUCUGUGUAGCUUCCCGUGUGUCGGACAGCUAAAGGAUGAUCCGAUCUGUGCGGUGUGUAAUAUCUAGUAUAUCUGGUCUUCCGUGCCUGUGUAUUAAGUGUUGAAGUAAAUCACAUCCAUAUGUUUAAUCCAGUGUGACCCAGAUGUAAUAUGGUUUCAUUACUGGCUCAACACCAAAGAAGUGAAAUCAAAUCUGUUUCACAUGGGGUUGACGAUAUAGUUUUAUCUGUUCCUGUAAAGUAACCGAAAUACAUGUACAUACAGUAUUGUGAAAAAUAUAUAACAAGUAUUGUCUGACAGUUUGCUCUAUAAAUGAUACAAGUAUUUAUUCCAAAUGCUAUAUUUUUUACCAUAUAUAGUAUACUUAUGUAUGCAUGGACAAAUAUUCCGGUGAUUGUGUUGGAGGGGAAUUUGAAUGAUUGGAAAUGAUGCCGAGUGUUCCCUGAUGAUGUGAUUAUUCAGCUUCUCUUUGAUUGGUUGAGUGGUGUAGUACAUGUGCGAUGUGGACGAGGUUUUGACUGCGUCAUGUGCCCUUUAAUGCUAUACCUUUGACAUUUGUGGGGAAACUACAACGCAGAUUCGACACUGCCUAAAGCUAUACGGGCAACGUCUCCCUUGUUUGGACAAGUCUAUGUACAUGACAGAGUCAAAUUUAAAAACAUGUACCUCUCUGUAAUAUUCCUUGUACAACAGGCAUAUAUGUUGCAAACCAGAGAACUACUUAUAAAUAAAUAAAUAUGAAGAUUUAAGACUUAUUUCAUGUUGUUCUUGGUCAUUUCCAACUGAAAACAGCAGCUACUGCCAAUUGUGUUUAUCUAUAUUUAUUUUUUCUUUUAUUGCCAGUUAGGAUCAGUUAUGAUAGGCACAAAAUACUUUGAUCCAAGUCAAUGGUGUACAGUAGUGAGUAUAUAUAGUUGUGAUGUAGUCAUAUAGAUAAAA